UUAUAAGCCAACCAAUAUAUCUGUCAGUCCAUAUCUGGAACAUGUAUCUCUGAAAUUGAACUGACUGAAAGUGAUGGAAAUGAUUACAUGAUUACAUUAUCUACCAGAAACCCACAACAACAGCUGAAAUCUUCUGAAAUCGUACACAUUGACAAAUCAACACACCAGUUGUGUUGAACAUUAGUGUUGUUUCCGAUGCAGGUGCAUAUAAUGAAUGCUGCAAUUAAUAUGUUUAAUGAAUGAAUGAAUAAAUUGAUUAAUUAAUCAAUUUCCUUUUUUUCAGUAUGAAAAAUAUUCAGUUCAGCAGGAUGGACUCUUCCCUUUUGCCUUCAGUGAAAUCAUGGGUGUAGAAGGGUAUGGAGGGGUGCUCGAGAAUGACGUCAUCAGUGCUCUAAAGGGACACAUUAAAGAGGGCUACAUGGUAAGAUCAAAGCCUGUACUUAGAAGUGUAAAAUUCACAGUCUUAGGGUUGGCUGAUGUCACAGGUUUGUGAAAACAUGAUGGAGAAAACGAAUGUUUAAUCCAGUCACCACAGAGACGUCUCACUCUGCUAAUUGUUUUUACCACUUUAGUUCAACUCUGAACACUCACUGUCUGAAGUAUUACCUGGAAAAUCCCACCCUGAAUGACAAGAUUCACUGCCUGGUGAACGUUAUACGAGCAGACAAGAUUGCACUGAUUCCAGAUAACAUAAUCAAAAAAAUGAAGGCUGUCAGAGAUGCAGCAAGCAAAAUGGGUAUCCCUCAAGUUGUUUUCCUGACCAGAGUUGAUCAAUUAUGCAUAAUGACAGAGAACAAUUUGCAGAACAUCUACAAAAGCAAGAGAAUCAGGGAAAUAAUACGUAAAUGCAGUUAUACACUGGGUGUCCCAACAAACUGCAUCUUCCCUGUGUGCAACUAUCAUGAGGAGACUGGAAUCAAUGAGGACAUCAACUGCCUGAUGCUGGACGCCUUAACACAGAUUGUUGACUGGGCUAAUGACUAUGUGGUCAAAUGCUCCAACAAACAAAACCAAGUAGAAUGAGGCAAAUAGAUACAGUCGAAAUGGCAAUGAGUUUUGAAGAGUCAGUAGUUAUGCCUACAAAGAAUACCUCAAGAUUUGAUUGUUUAAGGUUAUGUUUUGUUGUGUAAUAGGAAAAAAAAUGUGCUGGGUUCCUUCAUCUACCACUCUGUAAUGAUAUAGUAUUUAAACCUGUGAUGAACAGGCUGCACUGUUGGAAUAAUGUGUAAAUUUAUUGAUUUAUUUUUCUUGGUAAACCAAGUUUUA